AUGACGCAGAAAGCCAUGGCAGUGCACCAACGCUGCGCCAUCCAGGUAUGUAUACUGCGGACAUCCAAAGCGCAAAGCUCGACGGAGGCUUACAAUGACAAAGAUCUUACCCCUAGCAACGUGUUUAUAUCACCGGAAACGUCUAAAAUCAGGAGGAUCAUUGACUGGCAACAUACGGUGAUUGUGCCUCGAUUACUAGCUUCUGGACAUCCUCACCUAUUCGAAAACCCCGACGUCGAACUGCCACCGACAUUGGAUGCCCCUCAGCCUCCAGAUGGAUAUGAGUCACUGGAUCCUGAAACGAAAGCCCAGGUUGAUGAAUUACUCCGACGUCGAAACCUGUACUAUUUUUAUCGCGUGUUCAAUGGGGCGAAGAACCAGCUCCACCUGGCUGCUUGUGCUGAUCCACUACUUGAGCCACGCAAACAUCUUACUGAGAAGUGCCCCAUAGAUUUUACGGAGGCCGAAUUAAAACAGCAUUAUGAAAAUGAACUCACAUGGUUCGACUUUACCACUCUAGUCAACUACUGGCGGGAAGAGAUCGGCGGAAUGAGCGAGGAGGGGUGGGUGAAGGCGGAGGUUUAUGAUCACGCGGUGGAGAAGAACCGGGCGCUUAAAGAGAGAUUUUUGAAUGAUGCUGAUCCAGAUGAGGUUGACAAGGUAGCUCAAGUCAAUACGCCUCAGUCGAACAGAUUCCUGACCCCAUUUAUUUCAAACCACUUUCCAAUCCCUUCAAUCGCCGUUGACCAUCAUUGGCGGGUCAUGAAAAGCCUCCUCACCGCCGUUGACUUCGUCCGUGGGCGCCCCACAAAUCUCACGAAAUUCUUCGAGCCAACGGUUCGUCGCGGAGAGACCGUCUGGCCAAAGUCGCCCGUAGAGCAACUUCGCUACGGUAUUCGUUGGGAUUAUGAUGGGGUUAUCACCAAGGAUGAUGGAAAGGAGUAUCACAAAUUCCCGCUUCAACUAAACACCGGCAAAAUGCCUUCAUUGAUCAAGCAAUGGCGCGACAACGACCGUGGCACCCACUCUGUGAUGGCAAUGAUGUAUUUCCCCAAGGGUGUUAAGCUGGAUCCCCAGAUCUUCCUGCAAGAGGCGGAAAAAGCCCUCGAAGUCUUUUAG